GGAGUCGGAACCUUAAAUCGACAUUUUCUCAUGCUUUUUGUCUCCUGCUGGUCGGAAAACUUUCCUCGGAUAUCCUAUUGAAAGUAUGCUUUACUUUGUAAACCGGAUUGCGAAUAAUAGCAAACAAGUCUAAAAAAAAAAAAGAAAAAAGUAUGGAAGCGUUUUUGGACCAGUUCUCGGAAUUUCACCCCAUCCAUGGAACCAAUGUCCGGCUGGACCUCUCGGGAACCCAGGCCACUCGGGUAGACAGCUUUGCUAACGGGGUUUGUUUCAGCAAACGGCCUCUGAAGCCCGGAGAGAUUUUCCUCAUCGAGAUCGAGGACAAGGAGCUGGGAUGGUGCGGUCACCUCCGGGUCGGCCUGACGGCCAGGGACCCCAGGAGCUUAAGCGUGGUCCCCGAAUACUCCAUCCCGGAUUUGACCGAACUGGGGGACAGCUGGGUGUUCGCUAUAACCCGCAACCACAAUAAAGUCGUAGAGGAGGAGGCCGAGGCCCCCGGACUGGUUGAGGGGCAGCGGCUGGGGCGAGGAGAAGCGGAGAAUGGGGCUCAGGGAGACAACCUGAAGCCAAAGACCUUCUUCACCGACACCCACUUGCACAUCGAGGACGUGAAAAUUCCCAGAGACAAGCUGGUCGGCCGGAGCAGACCUGGACGCUUCAGCCACAUCUUGGACGAUUUGUAUAAGACCAACGCCCUGCCUCCAACAGCCCGACGCAGCCGGAUAGGAGUUCUGUACGUUCCUAAAGGACAAAACCUGGCCGACAUGCACAUAGUGAUCAAUGGUGAGGACAUGGGCGCUUCGGCCAGGGGAAUCCCCGCCAGCCAGCCCCUCUACGCAGUGGUGGACGUUUUCGCUGCCACAAAGUGCGUCCGAAUUGUCCAGGUGGACUACGGCUUCUCGUCCUUGCAGACGUUGUGCAGGAAAGCCAUUCAGAAGCACAUAGUCCACAGGAUGGCCAUUGACUGGCUCGAGUUGCCCGAGGCACUAAAGCACUACUGCAAGUACGAGUGAAGGAUGUUGGCCGGGGGUGAAACGGAGCAUCGUGAGCUUACUCCUCAAAUGAUUUUAUUAACUAAACUCUUAUGUGUUUCAUUCUUAAAAUAAAGCGGAAAGUGAUGCCAAACCAAAUAAAGCUUACUUAUCUUUUCUGUGAUGGGGGCUUUAAUAUUAGAAUAGACUUUCUGUUUGG